AUGUUGCGUCGCUUCGCGAGCAGAGCCGCCCAGGCUCCGAGUUUCUUCUCUUCGUCGCUAUCUACUAUUUUUCUGGUCUCUGCCGCCUUACCGAUGGUUUCCGGGCACGACCACGACUCAUCGCAUAUUGAAGACGGAAUGGCCAUCUCAACCGAGCCCAUAGAUACAACGCUAUGGAUACACAUAUUUAUUCAGAUGGCCGCCUGGGGCGUCAUCUUCCCCGUGGGCAUGGUUCUCGGGAUCGUCAAAAACCGCUGGCAUGUUCCCCUACAGGUCCUAGGAACUGCUCUCGCGAUACUCGGAUAUGCUCUGGGCCAUAUGCACGGCGGCCGCGAAUUCCGUGAUGACAACGUUCACUCCAAGUUCGCCUCACCCAUAUCGUUCAUGCUGUUCGCCCAGGUUCUCAUCGGCAUCUACCUCAAACUACAUAUCGAGCGGGGAGUUUUCGGCAAGAUAAGACGCGUCGUUAAAUUCGCACAUGGUAUUCUUGGCAAAGCGUUGCCCGUCUUCGCUUGGACCCAGAUGCUUUUUGGUGGCAUUACCGCCCUUGGCUUCUGUCAAGGUGAACAUGUUGCCCAAUGCGCUGCGCACUUUAUCAUGGGAAGUGCCUUCAUCGCUUAUGGUAUUCUAUUGACGAUCGUCCUACUUGUCGGACAGAUAUGGCUCCGGCGCACCGGCCGAUCCCAAGAGUUCUUUGACAGCGCCGUCAUUACCGCCUGGGGCGUGGUCAAUACCUUUACCGAGCAUCGCUGGGGCACCAAAUGGGUUGAAAAUGAUUGGCAACAUACCACGAUGGGCGUCAUCUGGUGGUGUGCUGGAUUGGUGGGUAUAUGGCUCAGCAGAGACCGUGACGGUCGCCCUAAGCGAAAUAUCAUCCCCGGAUUCAUCAUUUUGAUAACGGGCUGGGCCUUCGGCGGUCACCCCCAGCAUGUGCACAUUAGUGCCGAGGUCCACAAGGCAUAUGGCUACACCCUCAUGGCCGUUGGUGCAACCCGCAUUGUUGAGAUAUCUUUUGUUCUUCGCGAUCGUCCUGCUCUAUCUGAGGAUGGCAGGGAGAUCAAUAGUUUCCAGUACAUCCCUAUUUUCCUACUAUUUGCCUCUGGUUUCAUGUUCAUGGGUGCCACCGAGGAACAAAUGGGCCUCAUCGAGAACUCCGGAAUGGACCAUAUCGCCUACAUUCUCAUCCUCUUCUCACUGGCCUCUCUUCUCUUCCUGUUUACACUAAUGCUCAUCCAUCUCUACGACAUCAACACUAGCCAAACCCCUCCCAACAAGAACCUAGAUAAUGGUCGUCUUGGACCCCGGCUGGGUGGCAAUGUCCCGAUUCGCGACGCCAAUGAAUUCGAACUGGAGGGUUUGAUGAGCGACGACGAAGAUGAUAAUCCAGCAAAACACACGCAGGGCGACGAUGAGAGCCUCAGCAGUACGCUUGGCAAGAACAGCGACGGUCAUGCCCAUUGA